AUGCAUGCAAGCCAACCUUCAGUCCCAUCUUUGAGAGUAGCCAACUUCUCUCCCAGUUCCUCCAUUUGUGAUGCCAACGCGCCGCUCACAUCACGGAGCUGCCUGAGGUUUUCAAGCUCGAGUUUUUUGGAUGCUAUUCGGGCUGCGAGAGGAGAUGAUUGCUGCGAGGAAAGAGGGUUAAUUGAGGACUGGCGAAGGGAAGAAGAAGUCCCCGCGGAGGAAAAUGCCGUUGGCCUGGACAUUGCCUUCCAGCAUUCUAUGAGGAAGCAACGUCAACUGGACUUGUUUGUAAAACGUCGGUUCAUAAGGCAAAAUCGCGAAAUUGCCCGUGCGAACUCUAUACAGUCUCUCCGCAUACGCACUCUGGAAUCCGAAGUCUCUCGACUCCUUGUGGAAAAUGCGGCCCUCCGUGAAGAAGCUAUUGCUGCGAAUCAAGAACUUGAAAAGUUGAAACAUGAUGGACAAUUGGGCUGUGAAAUCGAUAAUCUGAAAUCGCAACUGGAUGCAAAGCUGGCUGAAUUUGGAAGCUUGAUUGCAGACUUGGGUUCAUUGCCUCGAAGAAGAGGUUUGCUCUCCAAGCCAAAGCGAAGAUCCAUUGAUGGAGAAUUCCAAAUUUCUCCGGAAACGGCUCGUCGGAGAUCUUUAAUGAAAGCUGCUCGGCAGGUGACGGAUGAGAGCCGACUUCCUGCUAUUAUGGAGGACAAAUUUUACCCUAGAUUAACGCUAGAAAGUGAGGAUUUUGCCGAUCUAGUAGGUAUUGAGGGUGGAGAAAACGAUUCGCCUGGUAUAACUUCCACGCCAAUUCCACAACCAACAAUGUCGAAGACGAUGGAUCCCCCGGCGGAUGAAGAGUCCUCGACUAUUCCCACGGCCAACGAAAACCCAAUUCAACCCUCGCCGUCCAUGUCGAACUUGGGAGCGAGGAGAAGCAAAAGGGAUAGUUCCUUGCUAAAUAGUACCCCUCGAAGUAAGGAUGUUGAAACCAAUGAGCAAGAUUUUGUGCCGAUACAUAUUUCGAAAUCUGGGUCAAAGCGCAAGCUUAGCGUACGGGAUGAUGAUGACUUGAUGUCCCAAACCUUCAAUCACCAUGAUGAUUUCCAAUACACUCGACUAGCUGGAGCAUCCAACUACACUUCAAGACACACCAGCGUAGAAUUCGAAAGAACACCAACGAAAACCAACGCGAACAAGCCAGAAAGUCAAAAAGUGGAGAGAACCACUGUUCGUCGUGCUCUAGGACCAAGUCCUCUUCUCCUGCCAAAAAGAAUUCCGGCAAUGGAGAUUGGGAAAAGGAUAUCCCGAAACCUAAUCCUAAACAACCCUAGGAAUAGAAGCCACGAUGCGAUUGACAAAUCGAUUCGGGCGGUACCGUCUACCAAACAGAAGAAGCAGGAUGUUGUCGAUAUUAACAUAAUGCCGGAGCAACCUCCCGCCGAGGAAAACAGGGACAUUACCCACAGUCUCCUUGCUGAAGGUGAUACCACUUCUUUUGCAUCUACGAAUCCCUCCGAAACUCGUAUAGAACCAAGAGAUACGUCACCCCUACCGGUGAUUGGGAUGACUCGUCCGCCCCGCCGGUCCCGUGGCUCUAUAAGCUACGCAGAGCCAAAUCUUAGGGAUAAAAUGCGGCGGCCCACUAAGGAGCUUGUAGAUGCCGUUACUGGUGAUGCUCGCUUCAGGCGAUCUUCGAAGUCUGAUCUCGACUUGGCCAAGGAAAGGUGUGGUGAAGGAAAUAGCCAUGAUUCUAAUGCAUCUUCAAUGGCGUAUAAUGAUUCAUGUGCGAGUUUUCUCGGAGGAAAAGACCGAAAUAUGAUGAUUGACUUGCCGUCCAAUGUCACCGCAAACAGGAAACGCAGGACACUCUCCGCAAAUAAAUUCGAUUUCGCAACUACUCCAGAAACGGGCCCGUCGAUGUCAAGCGUGGCUAUAUCAACUAUUAUGGCGGGAAGUAAAGGGAGAAGCAAUCGAGAGAGAGAUGUUUCUGAAAGAUCCGUCGAUUAUGAACAAGAGGUUGGUCUUCGGAAUAGUUCGACUCGGACUUCUCGACGGCAUUCCUCCAAUCCCGCUACUAGUGGAACCCACUCAAGGUCACGUAGAAGUCAAAGUUCUACUACUCUCGCAAAAGAAAACGCCGUGGACGUCGAGACAGUACCGGAAUCGGCAGGGGUCAAGGCGACUAACAAACGGAGUGACGAUUAUCACCAGUAUGCUUCUUCCUCAUCCACCACCUCCUCUUCCAAUCUACAAUCCAUGAAGGGCGCGUCCGAAUUCGAUCAUGAUGCGUUCCUCGAUGGGCAUGAAGGGGCAUCCGAUGUUAAGAGGGUAGAGCGACUUGCGACAUCGAGGCGGCGGAGUAUGAUGCUGUGA